AUGGACGGUAUAAAUGGAGAUGGCCAACAACGAACGCUGAACGCGUUGUUGAGCCAAUCGCAUAUGUCCUCGGAUAAUAAUGGUGGUAAGUUUACCUUUGCAGGGGGUUUCGAGGAUGAUCUUCCGCAGGAGCAUGCUUACUCGAGUAAUACGCCUGCUACGCAGCAUGAGAAACUACUGUAUAUGAAUGGUAACGGCAAUGUUAAAAAUGAGUCUCCGUAUAGGUCUGUGAACAAUUCACAGCUAGGCUCGUCAAAUUCUUUCAUAGAUGACAAGUUUGCAACGUCCGCUGCGGCUUUCAACGCCGAUGGCUCGAGAAACUCAAUUUCCAAUCCACAGUACCGUGGAUCUUUUGCAUAUGAUUUCCAGGACAAUGGCGGUUUGGAACAACAGUUGACAGGGAUUAAGACUGAAGAUAUGCUGCCUCCAGAGCUUUUUCGCCGGUCAAAGGACGAAUCGCUCUUGAGUUUCACCGAUGAUAUAAGUUCAUCUCUUGGGUCUAGCUUACAAUCAUUUGACUCAAACUAUGGGUCCUCCUUUUCAUACCAACCUCAACCAUUAAACAUGUCUGCUACUAUGCAACCUACGUCUGCACAUUACUCGCCGUCUGUCAAAUCACCUUCGUCGUCCGUACGAGCGGGAAGCUAUCUCUCGACUUCCCUGAGAAAUGGCAGCGCAGGAACACCAGGUCCAUUGGGUACUUCGAGGACGCGGCAUGCAUCCAUCAGUGGUAACGUUUAUGCAGAAGGACUCUUAUCGGCAAGCGUACCGAAGAAUUUGACGACAGAAGAAAGAUUGAGACGUAAGAGAGAGUUCCACAAUGCGGUUGAAAGAAGAAGGCGAGAGUUGAUCAAGCAGAAGAUAAAGGAGUUAGGCAAUAUUGUGCCACCUUCGCUUUUAAAUUAUGACGGUAAUGGCAAACAAGUGAAACCAAACAAGGGCAUCAUUCUGAACAAAACAGUAGAAUACCUGGAGUACCUACUGCAGGUUCUUGACAUACAGGACAGAAAGAAGAAACAGCUACUGACAAAAAUUAGCGAAUUACAAGAUAAGGAGUCACAGCUAGCGUCAGGGCGGUCAAGUGAGCAACCGGUAGGAGAAAGAGACGAAUCAAUAUCAGGGACAGGACAGCCCUCGCAGGCUGCUGAUUACGAGUCUACGAGCGACGGUACGGGGGCCGAUGCGUGUGAAGAAGAGAGGAUCAUCGAUGUUAGAAGUAAGCCCCAUCCUAGUAAUUCUGCAGAAGCUCCUCAGCGUUGGCAAAAUUCCUUCAAUGAACUCAUCAGUUUUAUGCCCACUAACGAUGAACAAUUCCCAGUUAAUGACGACCUGCAGCAAUUUUUGUCGGGUAAUCUUAUCGAAGCAGAAGAUAAUGCAAAACUAAUGUUCAACAGCGGUGAGCGACCUGAUUACCUUUUAGACUUCAAUUCAUAG